ACUCAUCAGUCUCUUUUCCAAGAAAAAAAAAAAAACUCUCCCCAGUCUUCUCUGAUCUUAGGGUUUUCUUUUGUGUUAAGUUAAGUUGCAUAACAUGGGUGGUAGUUCAAUCGAUGAAGAUUGGGAGGUAGGGGAGUUCCCAACACCUACACCCAACCAUUCCCGAACCCUAGUUUUGCUUGGCAAAACCGGCAACGGAAAAAGUGCUACAGGGAAUAGCAUCCUGUACAAAGACGCUUUCAAUUCUGAGUGUAGUCUUGAUGGUGUUACAACUAAGUGCGAGCUGCAGUCAACUAGAUGUCAAGAUGGACUUAUUCUUAACCUGAUUGAUACACCAGGGUUAUUUGGAUUUUCACCAGGGCCAAAAGAGACGAUUGAAGAGAUCAGUAGAUGUAUCAAUUUUGCUAAGAAUGGAAUCCACGCUAUUCUUUUUGUUUUGUCGAUUAAGAAUCGUUUCUCGAAAGAAGAAGAAGAAGCCGUUAGAAAUUUACAGAUUCUAUUCGGAGAAAAAAUUCUUGAUUACAUGAUUGUUGUGUUUACUCAUGGUGAUCUCUUCAAAGGAGAUGACAACAACGCAUUGAUUGAGUUUGUGGAUCGCAAGGCCCCUGAACCCUUAAAGGAAUUGACCCGUUUGUGCAAAAACCGAUUGGUUCUUUUUGAUAAUGUGACUGCAGAUAGGAGUAAGCGGGCCAAACAAGUCCAGCUACUGAUUUCACUUGUACAUUUGGUCACAAAAGAGAAUGGAGGACAACCCUAUACAAAUGAGAUAUUCGAUGAGAUUAAGAAAGGAAACACGAAGGUACCUGAGACAGAACACUCCGAGGGGCCCUCUACCUCGGAGAAGGAGUAUUCAGGAGUGCUUGAUAGAAUAACUGAGAUGGUCGAGCUAAGACUUAAUGAGACUGUUAAAAGGCUUGAGGAGAGCUUGGCAAAAGAAAGGGCGGCUCGAAUGAAGGCUGAGGAAAUUGCCAGAUCUGAAAUCGAUGAACUUAGGACGGCUCGAAUGAAGGCCGAGGAAAAUGCCAGAUUUGAAAUCGAUGAACUUAGGAAGAAAUUGGAGAAAGCAGAAAAACAAGCAAAUGAGUUUCAGUCUAACAAGGGCGGGUGUGCUAUAUUAUGAUAUAUUUUUUUUGCUUAUGAUACUCCAGCAUAUAUCUGCUUAAAACAGACCUCUUUUUGAUAAUCUUUUUAGUGUACGUUGUUCUGAUCUUAGGAUUCCUGCAUGCUUUUUUAUUUUUUUAUGAAACCAUUCUCUCGUCUAUCUAUUCAGUAGUAGUAUGUAUAUUAUAAUUUCAUUGGGUACGGUUAUAUAGACUGCAUAUGUAUAAAUAGAGACCUUAACCAGCUCUUUUAGUUUUAUAAAUUUGCCUUAACCA